AUGUCCACUCCGUAUCAUCCCAGUGCGAACGGGCAGGUAGAAUCGACGAUCAAGACUAUCAUUCAAAACUUGAGGAAACGGUUGGAUGAAUCCAAAGGCAGGUGGAAAGAAAUCUUGCCGGAAGUACUCUGGGCCUACAAAACAACCUCGAAGUCAAGUACCGAUGAAACGCCAUUUUUCUUGGUAUAUGGAGCGGAGGCUCUGAUCCCCAUUGAAGUCGGGGAGCCGAGCCUAAGAUUCCAAUACGCCAUAGAAGAGUCAAAUGAAGAAGCUAUAGCAGUAAAAAUCGAUUUAAUGGAGGAACUACGUGAAGCAGCAUUAGUCUACUUGGCAGCACAAAAACAACGGAUGGACAGGAGCAAAGCCCAAAUGAAGUUAGGAAGAUUAGAGUUAGAUGUGAAAACACGUGUAACACUCUUUUUCCCUUAG